AUGGGUAUUUUCGGAUACAUCCAGGAAUGGAGAAUGGCGAAACCAAUAAUGGCACAGUCUGCUGCAAUCGAUACAUGGAAUGAUGAUAUACAAGAGGUCUCCCCUGUGCGUCGGAGACUAGGGCGUAAGCGCAAACGAAGACCUCCAGCAGAUCCAAUCGUAGAAGUAGAUCCUCAAAAUAAAUAUACAUAUAUCGAUGGUGAACCACCUGCCCAUCAACAGUACGAUCUUCCAUCAGAAGAUGAAGCGGAAAUGCCCAGAAGACGUAGAAAGAAAGUAAGACCGAAUCGGUGGACAGAUGAACCUAUAGAUGAAAAUGUACCAAUUAGAAGACGCUUACAAAGGAGAAGGAAACGACCGUCACUAGACAAUCGUCCAACUUUGAGCGAAUUUGGAGGCUUCUCCAGAGACACUGAAAAUAAUAAAGAUUCAGAAUUAGUCCCAGAUUACAAAGAAGAAGGAAUAGGUAUUGAUAAUAUAAAAUAUAAGACGUUUGACGUCGACGAUGAAUACAUGGAAAGAGAAAUCAAAGUUCCCGAAUCUAAACCCAAACGUAAAUUUACUUUAUUGGAAGACAAUGAAGAGUCAGAUAUUACAUUGAAAGAAGAUAAAUCUCUAUCUGAAUUUUCAAUGGAAGUUUUGAAUUCUAAUGAAAAAAACAAGGACGACUCACAAGGUGUAAAUAAUGUUAAUUUACAUGACAAAGUAAGAGAAAAAUCACCAACUAUAUUUUACAAUAUGGAUAGUUCACAGGAAAAAGUAUUGGUAUUGGAAUUAGAUAAAUACUUUGAUUUUAAAAGUGAGUAUAUCUCUAUGAAACGUAAUAGGAAAAAGAAAAAAGCUUAUAAUUCACUGAGAGAACUUAUACACAAAUUGAAGUCAGUUGAUAAAAAUGAUUAUCUAGAUUUGAGAAAAGUACCAAAGCAAAAUCAGAGGAAAAUAUCUUAUAAAAUGCCGAUGAAAACCAAAGAGAAAGAUCUUGAAUCAAUAAAUCCACAAACACUGAAAGAUAUUUUAAAAAGGUCCAAUGGAACUAGUUUAAGCGAAAUUUUACAACAACACAACUUAACUUUAGCAGAUUUAUUAAGCGGAAAUAAAAGAGCCGUAACAGUGUUACAAUCUCAAAAUCUCUUGCAAACUACAAAAAAUGUAACAGUCAGUAUAUCAGACGUAAGUGACCCUGACAAACUGUUUAAAUCAAAAAAUAACAAUAAAUCAACGGUUUCUGCUUCCGGAAAAAAUAUUAAACCAAAGGUGGAAAAUAAAGAAAACCAAUUUGACAGUGAACAUUCUGAAAAUAAAGAUCAAGAUUCGGGUGCUGCAAUACCAAAGACAGAUUCUUUGCCGCCAGAAAGUGACAACCAUUUAAAAACAAAAAGUACUAACAGAGCAAGGGUUCCCGCUCUGCGAAAAAUUACGAAACCAAGAGUAGAAAAUAAUGAAAACCGAUUAAAUAGCGAAAACUCUGAAAACAAAAACGUAAAUUCCUUUAUUACGCUAUCACAGAACGAUUCUUUGCUAACAGAAACCAAAAGAAAUGAUAUAAAUGAAGAAAAGGAUUCAAAUAAAAAUGUAAAUAACGGCACUAAAUCAAACAAUAUUAUAUCUUCGAGCGUACGAAAUGAUCUUCUAAAUGGAUCAACAAGUACCGAUUCAGCCAUAGUUGCGAAACGUCGUUUUACCGGAGGUAUUCGAAGAAAGUUGCGUAUGAGGCCAAUGCUUAGUAAUAACUACAAAAGCCAACUAAACAGAGAUUUGGUUGCAUUAAGUGCACGACGGUAUAUUCACCAUAACAGAAGAAAUACGACAAAAGCUAUGCUGUGGAAAGAUAUGCUUCCAUUGAUGCCAAAUUUUAAUGUUACUACUGACUCAAAUGUAAGUUAUGACGAUAUAACGCUUGCGCCAAAAUUUGCUCCUGAAGAAACUACAACAUUCUAUGACAUAGAGGAUUUAGCGCCAUCUACAAUUGCCGAUACGACCCACGACGAUAACGAUAUUCACGACCAAACUGUUACUACUAAUACAGAUGAAGUUGAAACUACUACUUUAGUUUUAGAAAUUUUAGAAUCAGAAAUGCCUUCUAGUAUCACAGAAAAACCAAUAAUAAAACCAAUCAUUAGGACUGAAUCUGCCUCAGGACUGCGUCGUCAGGUUUACAAUAACAGACUGAAGAAAAAGCGGUUGAAACAUAAAACGUCGACAACAGAAGCACCACCCGACGAGGUUAUGAAAAACUUCUUGAACAUGGGAGAUUAUGUGUCUUCUUCAGAAUUUAUAGCAAGGACACAAAAACCUAAAUUAACAAGUCCUAUCGAUAUGCGAGAAACCGCAACAGAGUUAGAAGAUUUUAUGACCACAGUGACAACGAGUCAGAUUAAUACUGGUUUAACCUCUAAAAAACCGAAUUUAUAUAAAUUUGCAUUACCAUCAACCACUUUUACUGAAUAUCCGAUAACCACUACUACCGAAGAAACUGCAAAGAUUGAAAUUGAAGAGAUUCUCAAUGAUACAAGUUCUAGUGCAAGGCUUUCUAGAAUAUUGAAAGAAAGAAACAUGACUUUGGGCGAAUUGCUAGAACACCGGGAGCGCGGUUCUAGUUAUGUCCAUUUGGCAGAUAUAUUCCAUAAUGCUUCUAGAGAACCAAACCCGCCAGAGCCAUUCCUAACUAAGUCUUCCUUAGAACCAAUAUCUAAAGAAACAUAUCCUUUGAGAGCGCUCUUAGAUGCUAAUUUACACGAUACCACUACAAAAAGUUCAACAACCGAUGCGGUCAUAUCACUAGCGAAUCAUAUAACGAUUCCAAUGACAAUGGCUUUUGGAAAUAAUGUUAAUGAAAAUGCUGAGAAUAUGGGUAUUAUGUCAUUAUUUAAUAAUUUCACAAUAGAUGAUGAGCAAAUACAAGAGACUUCAAUACAGAAAGAUUCUGAAGGAACGCCUUAUAGAACGACGAUCAUCCAUGUAAAUGCAACAGACGAUGAACCCGAUACUAGAGAUAGCCGUAUGAUGAGUGACGACCAGGAUAUGGUUAGCUGGAACGAAAUAUUUGCUAUGAUUCGAAAACAACGGAAUAAUGAAAGCAGCGAAUUAGAAAAAUCAGGCGAAGGUGCACAGCUGUUAACGACACAGAAGACUGUAGAAGAGACAAAUGGCGGCGGUGACAGAUUUAUAGCAAUUGAACACUUGCAACAUUUAAGCGAAACAGAUAGCAAUGUCCAAUCAGGGUCUAUGGAAAAAGUUGAAUUCAACUCUUAUGAGAGUGGAGAGUAUCUACAUAAUCAAAAUGUCCCAAACAAUUUACCAAGUAGUGCAAAAUCAGUCACAGUGGCUACCGCAAGCCUUGUCGGUAUUGCUAUGGUCCUAUUUCUACUAACCUAUACUGUGUUGAAGUGGAGGCAGCAAAAAUCACUCAACAGGAAAAACAAUUUCCACAAUGAAAGGAUUCCAACUCCAGUGUUUGAAAACAGAAAAAUUAAGAAGAAUUGCAGUAGCAGAAGCAUUAGUCCCAUGCUGUCCACUUCAAACAUCUAUACAAUGAAUACAUUGGAAUCACAGAAUGGCAAAGAUUCACCUGAGUACAUGUGGGACACAUUGCGAAAACCAUUUCAGUAAGUUAGUUAGAUUUGAUUAAUAGAAAUAAGUAACUAGACUGACAAUAUAAGGAUGAAUUUGAUUAUUAAGGAUAAUCAAAGACAAUGCAGUUAGUUCUUUAAAGAUCUUUUAUCAUAAUUAGUAAAUAGUAUACAAACAUUUUUAUUUUUAGAAUUGUUAUGUUCGCUUUCAAAUAAUAUAAUUAAAUGAUACAGAGAUCUUUAAUGUAAUUCAACUAGUGACCUGAUUUUAAUUUAAGAAUAUGAUUAUUUUAAUGUUUUUGUCUUUUCUUUUUAUUUGUACAUAGUUGUAUACAACAACAAAAUUUUCAUUAAAUUUAUUGAAUUACUUUUAUUCUUAGGUACCAUAAUUUAUUACUUAAAUAUUAAUUAAGUUUCAGUAUUAUAUGGCAAGUGCAAUAUAAUUAGAACAUUCUGUUAAUGAUAUUAAAAUUUUACAAAUAAGCACUUGUAAUAGUUUUCUUACCUGUAAUUAUCGAAAGUAAAUAUU